GCAGUGAGGGCGGGGGCCACCAUGAGCCUGGUGCUGGAGGCUUUGCUGGUCCCCCCGGGGGGACUCCGCAAGGAGCCCUCUCGCCUCGCGCCGCGCUCCGCCGCCUCUUCCAGCGGCUUCCACUCAUGGCCGGGACCCCCGGGCACGGUGGGGCGAGCGCGGGGCGGCGGCGGGGGAAGCGCGGCCGCUUCCUCCACCGAGAGCCUGGACUCGCUGAACGGCGAACCGCGGGCGCGUAACGAGAAGGAGCUGCUGCAGGUCCUCAACGACCGCUUCGCCGGUUACAUCGAGCGGGUGCGGGCGCUGGAGCAGCAGAACCGGGCGCUGGCGGCUGAGGCGGCGGCGCUGCGGCAGCAGCAGGCGGGGCGCUCGGCCAUGGGCGAGCUGUACGCCCGGGAGCUGCGCGACAUGCGGGGGGCCCUGGUGCGCCUGGGGGCCGAGAAGGGGCAGCUGCGGCUGGAGAGGGCCCGCCUGGCGGAGGACGUGGCCGCGCUGCGGGGCAGGCUGGAGGAGGAGGCGCGGCAGCGCGCCGAGCUGGAGGCGGCGGCCCGCGGGUUGGCCCAGCGCUCUGCGCAGGAGGAGAGGGCCCGGGGGCCUCUGGCGGAGCGAGCCCGAGCGCUGCGAGAGGAAGCGGAGCUGCUGCGGAAACAGCACCAGGAGGAGGUGGGCGCGUUGCUGCGCGGGGCCCGCGCCGAGCUGCCCGCGGAACCCCCCGCCUCGCUGCGGCCCGGGGUCACCGCCGCGCUGCGCGACCUGCGGGAGCAGCUGGAGGGCACGGCGGCGCGCAGCACUCUGCAGGCAGAGGAGUGGUUCCGCGUGAGGCUGGACAAGCUCUCUGAAGUUGCCAAGGUGAACACAGAUGCCAUGCGCAUGGCCCAGGAGGAGAUUUCUGAGUACCGCCGCCAGCUCCAGUCCAAGACCACUGAGCUCGAAGCCCUCAAAGGGACACAGGAGUCACUGGAGAGACAGAGGCAGGACUCAGAGGAGCGACAUCAUGCGGAUGUCCUGUCCUAUCAGGAAACCAUCCAGCAGCUUGACAAUGAGCUGAGAAACACCAAGUGGGAGAUGGCAGCUCAGCUCCGCGAGUACCAGGAUCUGCUUAACGUCAAAAUGGCCCUGGAUAUUGAAAUUGCUGCCUAUAGAAAGCUCUUGGAAGGAGAGGAGUAUAGGAUUGAGACCGGCUUUGGAAUGGUCUCCUACCCCGAAGUGGUCCCCAAGGCUCCCAGCAUCGCCGCCAACAUCAAGGUGAAAAGUGAAGAGAAAAUCAAGGUGGUGGAGAAAUCUGAGAAGGAGACAGUGAUUGUGGAGGAGCAGACAGAGGAAAUCCAAGUGACUGAAGAGGUGACCGAGGAGGAGGAGGCUGAGAAGGAAGCUGAAGAGGAGAAAGCUGAAGAAGAGAAGGAAGAGGAGAAAGCUGAACCAGAGGGUGAAGAAGAAGCCAAGUCCCCGGAGAAACCUGAGUCCCCUACAAAGGAAGAGGCCAAGUCCCCAGCAGUCAAGUCUCCAGAAAAGCCCUCAACCCCCUCAAAGGAGGAGGCCAAGAGCCCAGCUGUCAAGUCCCCAGAAAAGCCCUCAACCCCCUCAAAGGAGGAAGCCAAGUCUCCAGCGGUCAAGUCCCCAGAAAAGCCCUCAACUCCCUCAAAGGAAGAGGCCAAGAGCCCAGCAGUCAAAUCCCCAGAGAAACCUGCACCCCCCUCAAAGGAAGAGGCCAAGUCCCCAGCAGUCAAAUCUCCAGAGAAACCCGCGACCCCAGCUGUCAAAUCCCCAGAAAAACCCCCAGUGCCCUCAAAAGAGGAGGCCAAGAGCCCACCUGUCAAGUCCCCAGAAAAACCUGCAACACCUUUAAAAGAGGAGGCAAAGACCCCGACUGUGAAGUCCCCAGAAAAGCCACCGACCCCUACAAAGGAGGAGACCAAGCCUCCAUCUGUUAAAUCCCCAGAAAAGCCACCAACCGCCUUGAAGGAGGAGGCCAAGAGCCCAGCUGUCAAGUCCCCAGAGAAACCCGCAACCCCCUCAAAAGAGGAGGCCAAGUCCCCAGCUGUCAAGUCACCAGAAAAGCCCUCAACCCCCCCAAAGGAGGAAGCCAAGACCCCAGCAGUCAAGUCCCCAGAGAAACCCACACCCCCCUCAAAAGAGGAGGCCAAGACCCCAGCUGCCAAAUCCCCAGAGAAACCUGUGUCUCCCUCAAAGGAGGAGGCCAAGACCCCGACUGUGAAGUCCCCAGAAAAAGCCAAGUCCCCACAGAAGGAGGCAGCCCCAGCCAAGGAGCCUGUCCCCGCCCCUCCAAAGGAGCCAAAGGCCCCUGCAAAGGAAGAGCAGCCCAAGGAGGAGAAGGCUCCCCCCAAGCCUGCAGCAGAGGGCAGGAAGGAUGAGGCUCCCAAGAAGGAUGCCCCGGCCAAGGCGGAGGAGAAACCCAAAGAGAAGGCAGCUGCUGGGCCAGAGCCUCCAGCCCCACAGGUGAAGGAGACCAAGGCUGCCUCCAAACCUGCAGAAGAAGGGAAAGCUGAGAAGGAUGCUCAACCAAAGCCUCAGCAGGAGGGUGGCAAAGCAGCUGUGAAGGAGCCAGAGAAGCCUAAGGCUGAGGAAAAGGUGGAGGAACCAAAGAAAACGGUGGAGGAACCAAAGAAGGAGAAGGUGGAAGACCCCAAAUCAAAACCCAAAGAUGACUCCAAAGCCAGUAAAGAGCCCCCCAAAGCUGAGAAGCCCCCCAGCAAGGAGGGCAAAGCCCCAGAGCCGGCACCCGCCGCGGGAAAGAAAUGAGUGGAGCUCCUCUGGGAGCUGGAGCUGCUCCGCUCCCCUCCAAAGGGUGAGACAGGGACGGUCCCCACCCCGGGUCCCCCCCAGCCAGGCCUUACCUUAGCAAUAUGUUUGUGAGAGACACAGCCCCUCGCUGCCCCACGCCAGUGGUAUGUUCCGAUCGCUUCAGUAGCAGAAUGUGAUAUAUGCAGAGCGCCACAUUUAACACUUGAAUUAUAACGAGGAGAACAGAUCCCAGGGGAACCGACUGCCCUUCUCCAAUAAGUGCAUUUAUUUAUUGUAUGUGCAAUCGAUGGACAAGUGCAACUCAGAGCUCUAGCUGCUUGGGAUGCGUGCCGUGGGCUGGCUGGCAGACUCCUUCCCUUUCUGGGGUGAUGAGUGUCCCCUCUGGGUAGUGACCCCAGCUGUGGCUUUGGGGGAAGAGGUUAGGCACUGCAGGAAUGCUCAUGGAAAUACAAAGUGCACUAGGAAACUCGAGUCCACUGUCAAUUGCUUAUGUGCAAUAACCAAAUAAAGUGCUUACAGAGACA